CGAGAGAGAAGUCGGAUGGUGAUAUGGCGCUGACAAUGACUGGCCGUUAUCUCAGGAAUAACCCAAAUCAGCCGGGUCUGAAUGUUAGAGUCAUAUUAAUGCUGUCUUUCGUGUCAGGGAUGGCGUAUGGCAGUCAGGUUGUUGUCCCCCCCAAGAUAAAUGCGGUGUUGGGCAAGAACGUCACCCUCAGCUGUAGGGUGCAGGUGGAUACCAACCUCAGCCUGACCCAGAGCUCCUGGGAGAGGAAGCUGCCCACUGGCUGGGUGACACUGGCUGUAUUCAACCCCAUGUUCGGCAUCUCCAUCCAUCCAGAAUAUGCGCAACGCCUGUCCUUCCGCUCGCCCUCUGCACACGAUGCCACCAUUGUGCUGGAAGAUGUGGGUUUCGCUGACAUCGGCGUGUACACCUGCAAGGUGGCCACCUUUCCGCUGGGUAACACUCAAGCCUCCACCACCAUCAGUGUGCUAGUGGAACCAAAGGUGUAUGUCUCGGCUGGAUCUACCGCUCUGAUCGAUGGCGGAAAUGAAACUAUGGUUGCCACCUGCAUUGCAGAGAGGGCUCGGCCUCCUGCCGACGUCUCCUGGGAGACGAAUCUUUACGGUACUUCCGAGGCCCACAUGCAGGAUGAUUCCAAUGGCACCACAACGACCCGGGUGCACUACACCUGGAAGCCCACCCGUCACACCCAGGGUCACACGCUAACAUGCGUGGUAAAACAUCCUGCCCUGCAGAGCGACUUCAGGAUCCCUUACGUUGUCAACGUGCUGUUUGCUCCAGAUGUCCUGGUGCUGGGUUAUGACGGUGACUGGUAUAUGGGCAGGGAGAAUGUACAGCUGAAGUGUCACGCCAAAGCCAACCCGCCUGCCCAGCACUUCAGAUGGAUCAGGUUGGACGGAGAAAUGCCGGAUGGAGCAGAGGUGUUGAAUAGCUCUUUGGUGUUUAUGAGGCCCCUGAAAAAAAACGACUCGGGGGUUUACAGGUGUGAGGUGGCAAACGACAUUGGACUACACAGCCGGGAUAUUAGUAUACGUGUUCAGGAUCCUCCCUCCACCACCACCAUGCCCCCCACCACCCCUGUGCGCAUCCUAACUGCUGACAUCUCUGCCACUACGCCUGGCAAUAAACAGCGAGCGCUCAUCACCUCUCCAACCCUGGCACCUCUGCCAGAGGGGAGCCUGGGCACUAUUGUGGGUGGAGCAGUGGGCGGAGCCCUUUUCCUCCUGUUGCUGCUCAUUCUGGGUGGAGUUUAUUACCAGCACCAGCGUCAGACGUUCCGUGGUGACUACUAUACGAAACGGUACCAUGGACCGUCUGAUAUGCAGAAGGCUCCGCAACCCCAUGAGCUUCAGCAAGUCUACAGCAAGGGCAGCCCUGAUACAAAGCUAAAGUCCAACCAGGAUAACGGCACAAUUUACCCUGACAAGGACAGAGAAGAGUGGGGUGACUUCAACCGAGAGCGAUCACCCAAUGGUUGCAGAGCUCUGAGAGAAAUGGGUGCUCAACUCAACCACCAAAACCAUCACAACCAUGAGCAUGGCUACCACAGCAACCAUCACCCCAAUCAUCCGCAGAGUUAUAGUACAGCCCAUCAUAACCAGAGGAGCUCAAAGCAGCCAGAGCCCCGCAGGUAUGCUGCUUCAGAAGUCAUGAGCAACAGCUCACCCUACCUGCCGGAGGACUGCUACGACAACGACUAUGUGUCGCACACAGAUGGUUCAAUGAUAUCCCGCAGGGAGUGGUAUGUCUAACAAGAAUGUAAAAGCAGGAAGAGACUGCGUAAACAUUACGAAAUGCUUCAGACUGCAGGAUCAAAAAAGUAACAAUUAGAAAAUUAGUAGGAAAUGUACUCCUGCACCUUUGAGUAGUUUACACCUACCACAAUUUGUGUGUUUUGGGUUUUAUUUGUACAUUAGCCUAAUUAUUAGUUAACUGUUAAUAUUUAGCUGAUUUAAUUGAUGUUUUGGGACCAAAGGAAAAUAUUAUUUCUUCAAUUGCUAAGAAGACGAUGGUCAAUCAACAAAACUUCUGCUUUAUUUAACUAAUAAACCUGUACAGGUUUGAUUUUCAGGUGCGAUUUCAGUUGGGUUGUCUUGCCAAUUCAAUAGCCAAUUUCCUCCUUUGCGCAGUACAUUUGCACUGUGUGUUUAAUAAAAAGUAACGUCUAAAAAAGAAAAUGGUUCAUAUUAAACAAAUAAAAUAAGAAGUAUUCAUAUAACCUGUUGAUAAGAGUUUCAGAUCACCGCCAUUGUGACAGUGUCUGUGUCAUGUAAACGUUCAGUCAUGCUGUCACUGGUGAAUGCAGAAAUGUGCUCCUGUCAACAGCCUGGUGGUUUCUAUGGCAACAUUUAAUUGUUUUCUACUGGCAUUCAGAGUUGGAGUGCUGUAGGGCGGAGCUAGACAGGGAAGACAGUGCUGGAUUUGAUAUAGCCCAAUGGGCGUGAGAAAGACAGACAGGAUAAUUGCUGGAGAAAAAAAAACUGCUAUAAUUGUAUUAAUUCAGCUUCCACUUGAAUGCAAUUACUCAAGUCACUGUAUUAGGUCUGGGUUGCUUUUGUUUCAUCAGAAUUGAACUACGUGUUAAAAUCUGGGUCGGGUGGAAAAAUUAUUUGGAUACCCUCAAAAUACUGCCUUUUUUCCAGAUUAUAUAUAUAUAUAUAUAUAGCAUUCUUGGAUAGGUUGUCCUGUAUUAAAGUAACUGUCUGGCUUUUUGUUAGACCACUACUGCCCAGUGUUAAAGGUUUAGUUCACCCAAAAAUUACCCAAAUGUUGUUUCAAACCCAUGUGACUUCUUUGGUACACAAAAGUAAUUAUUUAGCAGAAUGUUGGGUACUGACAGACUCAUUGCAUAAUUUCCACAUAAUGAAAGUGAAAAGUGACUAAGGCUUUUAGUCCCUAACAUUCUGCCCAACAUCGCCUUUUGCGUUCCACUGAAGAAAAAAAAAAUCUCAUGGGUUUGAAACAACAUGAGAGUAAAUGAUGACAGGGUUUUCAUUUUUGGGUGCACAGUCUAAGACCCCCAAAGCGUUCAGCAUCUGUUGAUCUGUCUUUAUUACGUCACAAAUUAAGUUCUGUGCCUGUCUCAAGUUUCUGCGUGCAUACAUGUUCUGUGUUUUUCUGUGUUUGUAUGCACAUUGCGUAUAUAGUAAAUGCAAUUAACUGGUGUUAACCAACAGAGUUUUUUGAUCUGAGUCUCAUUGCCCAUGGGCAAUAGUGUUCAAAAGCAAUGCCUUCAGACCUGGCCUCAGAUUUCACACACACUUACAAUUUAAUGCAGAGGACAAUAGCCUAACACAGCCAGUUAUUGGUCAUUAAGAGUAAUUUAUAAUUACAAUUGUCUCAGUUUAAUCACACUCAUGUUGUUCCAAGCCCAUAUGAUUUCCUACUAUGGAACAAAAAAAGAUAUUAUGCAGAAUGUUAGCAACUGACCACUUCAGUCCCUGUUCACUGUCAUUGUAUCGAAAAUGUGUGUCAGUUCCUAACAUUAUGCAUAUCAUCUCCUUUUUUGUUUCCCAUGGAAGAAAGUCACAGUACAGGUUUGGAGGAACAUAAGUGUAGUUAAAUUAUGACCAUUUUUAUUUUUGGGUGACCUUUUCAAGUUCUUGGCCAUUUAAGAUGAGUGUGUGUUGGAUCAUAACUGGCUAACAGAUGCCAAUGGUUGAGUUUAGAAAAAUGUAUCUGGAUAUUGAAGAUGAUAUGUAGUGCCUUAAACUGAUUAUGUGUCCUCCUAAGCAUUACAAGGAGCAUUCAGAAGUUAUGAAUGAGUAUCAUUUUCAGAAGGAUGCGAGUAGUUCUGAGGUAUAAAAUUAGUUAGGUUGGAUGAUUUGAGAAAUUGUAAAUUUUUCUGUACCUUUUUUUUUUCAUUUUUGCCUAUUACUUUGGAAGGUUUUUGUUUUAUGUGCCAUUUGUAAGAUAGCAUUUUUUCUCAGACAAUGACUGUUUUGCUUGCAUAAUGACGUGUGACACUUGAGUCACAGUGCGCAUGAAAGAGUAAUGAAGUUGAGAGUAAAGCUGUUAAAUUUAAGUGUACAUGUUUGGACAAUGCGGAGGUGAAUAAAGCAAAGUUUAUGUGUAUAUGUUGGCAGUUGGGAGAGCCUUGUUUUGUUUGUAUGUUUAAAAGUUGAGAUUUGACUGUGGAAUGCACUAAAGAACCCCACCACUUAACAGAUUGUGAUGACACUUUCUUUGAUCACUUUUUUUUUAUUUUUUUUUAUUUUACAAAAGAGCUACUGUUCAUUUUUUUGAAAAUAAAAUAUAUUUGCAAUGUAUAGAUGAGUAUUGUUUUGUAAAAUCAACCUUUUGGGAUACAUUUGUUUUAAAA